GGACUUUACAUAUUUCGAUAACUGCCACAUGAUUGGUCUGUACCUGCACCUCACCGGUCUCCCCUCACAGGAUAAAAGUGCUUCCCUGACUUCCCUGCAAUCGCCUUCCGUCCCCCUUCUGCAUUAAAACCAUUUACAAUUUUCCAUUCACAGAGAUUCAAAUUAUUUUAGCUAGUAAAGUAUCCAUUACACCCAUUUCUCUUCCUCUCUCUCUCUCUCUCUCUGUCUGACAUGAAUCGUCUUCUGUCAUUACCCUUCUGGGUUUUUUGCUCCUCUUUCUUUAGAGCCCUCACUCUAAUUGAUACCAGACCAGAGCCUGCCAUUUCCAGCAAAUCUGGCUUUCUUAUUCCCUCUGCCAAAGAACCCAUUUCUCAAUUUUCUGCAAAAAUGGAAGCUCAGUCCCCAGGAAUGCCUGAUGUUAAAGCAGAGCAGCAUGCAAGUGUAAACAAAAAAAUUCUUAUAGCGCUUAUUGUUGCGUCCACACUUCUUGGUGUUUCGCUGUUUCUAUCCUGCUUCUGGGUCUGCAAGAAGAAAAAGAAGUCAAGGAACUCCAAUGUGAAAGGCCAACAGAAUUUGGAUACCACAAAAGGGCUUUCAUCAGUACCAGAUUUGAGUAGAUUCAAUUCAUUGAAGAUGGUGGGUAAGAAGGGUUUUGUUGCUGUUAUUGAAUAUGAUGUAUUAGUAGCUGCAACGUACAAUUUCGACAACAAGAACAUUUUGUGUGAGAGUAGAUUUGGACAUCUAUAUAAAGCUCAUUUCAGUGAAAGCUUAGUUGGAGCUGUGAAGAGACUAGAUUGUGGAGGGCAGGAUGCUGAAAAAGAGUUUGAGAAUGAGGUGGAUUGGCUGAGUAAAUUCCAGCAUCAAAAUAUUGUUUCUCUUUUGGGUUAUUGCCUUCAUGGCGAGGCAAGGUUUCUUGUUUAUGAAAUGAUGCAGAAUGGAUCGUUGGAAACUCAAUUGCAUGGGCCUGCUCAAGGAUUGGCUUUAAGUUGGCAUCUUCGGUUGAAAAUUGCUGUUGAUGUUGCUAGAGGAUUAGAAUUUCUUCACGAGCACUGCAACCCUCCUGUCAUUCAUCGUGAGCUAAAUUCAUCUAACAUUCUUCUAGAUUCGAAGUUCAGUGCCAAGCUUUCUGAUUUUGGGCUUGCAAUAAGCAUUCGGACUCAGAACAAGAACAACAUAAAGCUUUCAGGAGCUUUGGGUUAUGUAGCUCCAGAGUACCUUUUGGAUGGAAAGCUAACCGAAAAAAGUGAUGUCUAUGCUUUUGGGGUGGUCCUUUUGGAGCUUCUGUUGGGGAGGAAGCCAGUAGAGAAGACGCCACCUGCUCAAUGCCAGUCCAUUGUGACAUGGGCUAUGCCUCGGCUCACCGACAGAUCAAUGCUUCCAAGCCUUGUUGCUCCUGAGAUCAGAAACACAAUGGAUCUCAAACACUUAUACCAAGUUGCUGCUGUAGCGGUGCUAUGUGUACAACCAGAGCCAAGUUACAGGCCAUUGAUAACUGAUGUGCUGCACUCACUAAUCCCGCUAGUGCCCGUUGAUCUUGGAGGGUCACUAAGAGUUUCAGAGCCUGCACCACCACCCGUCUAACAAGGUUCAUUUUGUUGCAGAUCGGAGUAACCAAAUGUCUUAACUUCUACACACAUUACUAGGCUGCACAAUUGUGAUGCUUGUUAUUGACACCAGAAAAUGGUAUGAAUUCAUUGGAAGGUGCUGUUCUAUUGCCCUGUUCUGUUUUCUUCAGAUGGCAUCUAUCUUAGAAAUUUAGAUGCAGGAAAGUGACAUCGAGACAGGAAUUCCUUUUUCUUUUUUUUUAGAAGUUUUGUCUGUACAGUUAUUAAUUGAAGCAAGUUGAAAGCAAUUGUUCUGUAGCUCCCUGGAAACCUUUGCUUUUCAAAGCAACUCAGACAGCAUCUCUCCUGCAGCUAAUUUAGUGAUUCCUAUUGAGAUGAAUAUGGGGUAUUGUAUUUUCAUUUUUGCAAGGAAGCCAAAUUCUUUCAGUAAUGUAACGAUAGAUCAGCCAAUUAGACCCAUUACUUUCCUCC